CAUUCCUUCUGAAAGUUUACCUUGCAUUUAUUUGUCUGCCUUUGUGUUUGUCUCAUUAUCAGUGAUCUUAACCCCUCCCUCCUUUUGUGAUGGAUUUGCAGAAUACAGGAAAAAGGAAAAAAAAUCCCUUCUGAUUCUCUUCCUUAACUUCAGAUCCCACUGAAACACGAAAAGUUCAUGCUGCCUGUCACUACCAAAACCAAUAAGGAGAGUUAAGGUUCGAAUCUUUAUGGGUGCUUUAUUCAGAUGCCAGUAAUCUGAGAGACGGCUGGUUAUGUACCCUCAAAAGCCAUCUUAACAUUUCAUCUCAAGCCAACUUUUUUACAAGGAGAAGGAGAGUAGGCCUGGUGGAACCUCACUAUAUCCUGCUGCCAGAGACCCCACAGCUUCCCCUUCCUUCUCUAUUGCUAAACCUGUUUGGAGGUUAUGGAUGAUAAGCCCAGUUCUGGAACUGUGAGUGAGAGUUCAGAACUUCUUUUCUCCUUCGGAGUUAUAGCAGAUAUUCAGUAUGCUAAUUUAGAAGACGGCUAUAAUUACCAAGGAAACAGAAGAAGAUACUACAGACAUAGUCUUGUUCACUUGCAGGAUGCUAUUGAACACUGGAAUAAAGAAAGCAGCCGGCCCUGUUGUGUACUUCAGCUGGGAGAUAUCAUUGACGGCUACAAUGCGCAGUAUAAAGCAUCAGAGAAGUCACUAGAACUUGUUAUGAAUGUGUUUCAAAUGCUUCAAGUCCCAGUUCAUCACACAUGGGGAAAUCAUGAAUUCUAUAACUUCAGCAGAGAGUAUUUAACAAACUCUAAACUGAACACAAAGUUUCUAGAAGACCAGAUUGUACAUCAUCCUGAGACUGUGCCUACCGGGAGUUAUUACGCUUACCAUUUUUCUCCGUUCCCUAAAUUCCGGUUCAUUUUACUCGAUGCUUAUGACUUGAGUGUCUUGGGCGUGGAUCAGUCUUCUCCAAAGUACCAGCAGUGUCUGAAGAUGCUGAAGGAGCACAAUCCAAAUAUGGAAUUGAAUAGUCCUCAAGGACUUUCUGAGCCUCAGUUUGUCCAGUUUAAUGGAGGAUUCAGCCAAGAACAGCUGAACUGGUUGAAUGCAGUCCUUACAUUCUCUGACAGAAACCAAGAGAAGGUGGUGAUCGUGAGUCAUCUUCCCAUUUACCCAGAUGCCUCUGAUACCGUGUGCCUGGCCUGGAAUUACAGAGAUGCCCUUGCAGUCAUUUGGUCUCACGAGUGUGUGGUGUGUUUCUUUGCCGGUCACACUCACGAUGGCGGCUACUCCGAGGACCCUUUUGGUGUGCACCACGUCAAUGUGGAAGGGGUUAUUGAGACCGCCCCGGACAGCCAGGCUUUCGGCACCGUGCAUGUCUAUCCGGACAGGAUGGUGUUGAGAGGGAGAGGCCGAGUCACAGACAGGGUUAUGAAUUACAAGAGGGAAAAACCUUUUCCAUUUUCAGUCUGAUUUAUUUUAUCUUUAUAGGAAGAGGAUGACUUCGGUUUGAGUUUUUGUUCUCCCACCCCACCCCGAAACCCUCAGUGUCCCUGUUUAUUAUCCUGUUGGCAUACCAAAGCAUGUUCACGACUUCAGUGUGUGUCAGCUUGUGAGACCUCUGGACGUCGUCUCUGGGCUGUAAAUCCAGUGCUGAAAUUGGAAAAGAUGAAUGAAUGUGAGCCAGGGAGGAGACCCUCGGGGGGCGGGGAUGAGAUAUAGUCCUCAAGUCAGACUUUACUUUAGCCUUACCUGAGUUAAAAAAAAUUUUUUUUUUUACUUUGUACAAGGAGAAUAUGCUCACAUAUUACUAUAUAACUUAAAAUUCAUAAUAAAAAAGAAAUAAGCUCAGGUAAAGCUUUUCCUUUUAACCCUGCUAUGCAAAUGAGCUUUGGACAUAUUUUUGCUCAGAGUAUUCAUCGUAUUGUACUUUUAUAGACUUGUGUUCCUAUUUUGUAGACCAAAGCUAUCAAGUUGCUUCACAGGUGACUUAGUGGUGCUCCCCUUCACACAGGUGAAUGUGCGCCCUCCCAUGGGAGGCUAAGAAGGACCUUUGAAGGUAUGUGGUCCUCUGUGACGCCAACCAAAGCAGAAGCAAGUGCCAUGCAGCUGUGUGCCUGCUCCCGUGGUCGAUUUGGGCCACCAGCUAGUGCUGGUGAGGACAGCAGCCAAGUGAAUUUACCCGACUCCCUUUGUAGAUGAGUGGGACCUGUUAAUGCCGUUGUCAUAUGUGCUAAGGCUUAUUCUCAGAAACACAUACUAGAUGGCAAAUGGGGACUGUUGAAGUGUAGAGAAGGUCUGAUUCAGGGCUUAAAAACAGUAGGAGAUAAACCAAUACUAGUCAACAUGAGUGCCUGCUGCAUACCUAGGCAUAAUGGGGGUAUUCGUCUUCUAUGGCUACUGUGACAAAUUACCACACACCUGGUGGCUUAAUUAACACACAUUUGUUCUCUUACAGUUCUGGAGUCAGAAGUCUGAAAUUACUGCCACUGGGCUGAGAUCAAGGUGGUGUUAGGGCAUGCUCCCUCGGGAGGCUGGGGGAGGGCCCGUUUCCUUCCCUUUCCCAGCUUCUGGAGCUGUGUUUCUUGCAGUCCUUGGUCCCUUCUUCCAUUGUCAGAGCCAGCAAGGUACCGUUUUCAAGUCUCUUUCUGCUUUGUUGUUACAUCACCGUUUCCUCUUCCGUCUGUGUAGUCGUCUUUGUGUCUCCUCGCUUUCCCACAAUUGCGAUCACAUUGAGGGCCCACCAGGUAAUCCAGGAUCAUCUCACCUCCAGAGCCUCAACUCGAUCACAUCUGUGAAGUCCAUUUUGCUGGAUAAGGUAACAUUCAUACACUCUGGGGAUUAGGGCCUGGAUCUUUGAGGGCCGUUGUUCAGUUUACAAGAGAGGUGGCUGCAAUGUACUCCCUGCACUCGCCAACUUUGGUGGUGAGGAGACAGAUCCCUAGGUAUAAAUGUGGGCAGACAGGACUGUGGGAAUGUGGAGCAGGAAUUUAAUUCUGUUUGAGGGAAUUAGGGAUGACUUGAAGAAGAAGAACGGUUUAAAUGGGCGUGGAAGUGUAUUUCAAGUAGAUAGAAUAGCAUAAGCAGAGGCAUGGAAGGAUAUGCAGAAUUUAGGAGAGGCAAGUAAUACUAUGAAGAGUCUCCAAAAGUAAUAAAGCAGAAAAGGUUAAGCUUGGGCUACGUGGAGAAAAGGCGUGAAUGACCAGCCAGAGUUGGGGUUUAUCCUGGCAUACAGUGUGAGGAGCCCUCGGGCUCCUGCGCUGGGUGGUGUAUGGUGAGACUUGUGUGUCAGUCCCGGCCGUAGCUACUGUGAGCUGGUGUAGAAGAAUAACAACGGCAGAAAAAGAUUGGGGGUGAGAAGCAGGCUUUGAUAAUAGAAAUAUUAAACUUACUAUAAUACUUAAAUUCACCUGAAAAGUAGAGUUCAAAAACAAUUAAAGGCACUACCCUCCCUUUAUACACUUAUGGAGACUUAAAAGGAACUGUAUAAUCACAGCAUUCAGUGUGAUGUGGGUGAUGCUGGUGUGAUGAAAGUGUCUCAAAAAGUAUUUCUUUUUUUCAAACUGGAACUUCACCGUCUUUUAAGCGCAGAAUCAAGCAUUACUUGGAGGAUGGGUAGGUCCUAUACAGAAUAUGCUAUUAAGUCCAUUUCUUCAUAUAUGACCUUAACAGUUAUACUAAAAGGUAUAAAAGCCAUAAAUAUUAUACAAACUAAAUAUAUAAUGGAACACUGAAAUCCUUUAUUGACCCUUAAAAUAAAUUUUACUUUAAUUGCUUUAAUAUCAACAAGAUUUUUUUAUCAUUUUACCUUAUCUAAAUCUUGAUCAAGAAUUUCUGACCAGUGGCCAUUGCGUAAAACAAACAAAACACAUGCAUACCUCCUCCAAACAUUUAAUAAAAACAGAGGCAAAUUUUUUAGGCUCAUUUUCACUCUCCUGACAUAAGAUUGGUGCUCAUAACUUUUUGAGUGAACUAUUUCCUAAAUCUCAUGAAGCAGUGUCUGGGCUGCGGAGUCGGGCGGUGGCCUGUGCACAAACGGUGCUCUCCAGAUGCGCCGUAGCAGUGCCGCCAACAGAAACACGGUGAGCCCCAGCAGGGAUUUUAAACGUGUUAGCAGUCGAGUUUAAAAAGUGAAUAGAAACAGUAAAAGUGAACUUUAAUAGUAUAAUUUAUUUACUGCAGUAUAUCUAAAAGAUUUCAACAUGUAAUCAAAAUAAAAAUUUUACACUUUUAAUAUUAUGUCUUUAAAAUCUGGUAUAUAUUUUAUACUUAUAACUUAUCCAUUUGGGCACUGACUUCCUUGGAAAUACUUGCUCCAUAUUUAGAUAUAAAAUCUGCAGUUGAAACAAUUUGCAGAUGAAAAAAAAUUUGUAGUUUUAAAAAACGUUUAUCAAAUUUGGUCUUAAUUUUUCACUUUCAAUGUAAUUAAUGUUCCCUGUUUUCUUUUUGGUUCCAAAUUCUUUUAUUCUAUCUAACGUUCUUUUCUUUUCAAGACAUGCUUGCUGGUCCAGCUGGAGUUCUCAUUUAGCUCAUGGCACUGAACCAGUUAAAUGUAAUGAACCUGUUUCUAUCAUGUUAACCGAACCCCAUUUCCCUCUGUUUUAGCCACUAUGUGCAGCCCUCUGUGAGCACUUUGUACUUCUAGAGUGCUCUCGUAUUGCUGGUUUAAUCCUCGCGACUGUACCAGUAGUAUUAAUGCUGCUUUAUAGAUAAAGAAACAUCCACCGGGAGGUUUUUUUAUAUUUGCCCAAGUCACACGUACAGCGGGGACACUGAGUUAGAAUGCAUAAUUUUUAGCUUUGUUUUGACUGCCUUUUCUGCUGCACUCUGACACAAUGGCAUGUCAGACCCCAUCUCUUAACUAGUCCCAUCCAGCCCUGUGCUGUACUGUAGUCAGCCUUAGAAAGUUCUUAGAAUUAAAAAUAUAAUCCAUAUUUAUAAAAAUGGGAAAUUUUCAUUUUAAGAACAGGAUCUGUUUAAAUUACUGUCUUGCAGUGAGUUGGCCAGGAGGAGCGCAUCUCCUUGUUAACGUAUAUGUAGACCCAGGCAGCAAAUGGGAAAAGGGCGAUUGUGAUGGCCACAGCCAGCUGAAUUCUUCCACCGGCUGGAUGCCUAUAAAAACACAAAAAUUGUUACAAAUAAAAAUCUCAUUAAAAUUACAGAUUGCUUUGGAAACAAGUAUAAAGACAGAAUUUGGUAAAAUACAUCAUUUUUUUAUAUGAUCCCUUUUUAAAAACAUUUUUUAUUGAAAUAUAUCGUACUAUGAAUUCUUUAUUCUAAAGGCAAAUCUUUGUUGUUUAUAUGUGUUGCAAAUAGCUUUUCCCACUCAAUCAUGUCUUUUGAGGAACUGAAGUUGUUGACUAAGCAAUGUUAAAAUUGAUCUUUUUAUAAUGAUUUUUGUGUCCUGUACAAGAAAAUUUUCCCUCCCAAAGGUCUUGAAGUCUUAUCUUCUCUAAAGGUUGUACUGCUUUCACAUGAGAUCUAUAAUCCACGUAGAAUUCAUUUUUCUGAAAGUUGUAAGGUAGGGGUUGUUUUGCUUUUUUCCCAUGUGGAUAUUCAAAUGCUCCAGCAUUAUUUAUUAUGAGGACUGCCUUUCUUCCCUACCCUGCAGUGUCACUAUGUCAUAAGUCUCUGGAUGGAUCGAUCUGUUUCUAGAUUCUAUUUUGUUUCACUAAUUUAUCCUUUUGCCAAUAAUAGGUUUAGCCUAUACUGCCAUAGGACAAUUAUUUAGUUCUUCCUUAUUUUAAUAUUUAGGUCUUCUUGAGUUUCUCUCAUAAUAUUUUAUAGUUUUGUGUGCAAUAUUUUGCACGUCUCUGCUAGAUUUAUUCCUAGGGAGUUGAUUUUUUUUUUGUUAUUGUAAAUGGUAACUUUCUGUUACGGUUUUCUAUUACUUGCUAAUAAGAGUGCGGUUGAUUUUAGUAAAUUGACCUAGUAUCCAGCAAUUAUGCUAAACUCACUUAUUCAAAUAACUUUUUAGAUUCUUUUUGAUUUUCUAUGUAUGCAAUCAUGUCACUCAUGAAUAAGGAAAAUUUAAUUUUUCCUUUUCAAUCUUUGGCCUUUUUUUUUCUUUUUCUUGCCUUUUCAUACUGGCCAGGACAGUCGCUAGGACAGCGUUGAGUAGAAGUGUCAGUAGUGACCAAGCACAUCUCAUUCCUGACCUCAGGGAAAGUUUCACUGGCUCACUGUUCAGUGUCGUGCUUGGGCAUAGAUGCCCUUCAUCUGGUCAUGUUCCUGUGUAUGCCUGUUUUCUAUGAGCUUUUAUCAUGAAUGGAUGUUGAAUUUUAUCAGAUGCUCUUUUUGUGUAUAUUAAGAAGACAGUUUGAUUUCUUCUUUCAUUCUGUUACUAUGGUAGGAAACAUUGGUUGCUUUCUGAACAUUAAACUGUGUUCCUAGGGUAAACACAUUUUUCCAUCUGUGGUCAUAAGUGAGAUUGCCAUGUAAUUUCUUCUUCUUCUUCUUCUUUUUUUUUUUUUUUUGUAAUGUUCUUGUCAAGUUUUGGUAUCAAGGGUAUUCUGCCCUAAGAAAAUGAAUUGGGAAGUGUUUCUUCUUUUUUUGUUCUCUGGAAGAGUUUGUUGAAGCUUAGAAUUAUUUUUUCCCUAACUAUGAGGUAGAAUUCUUUAGUUAUACCAUUUGGUCUAGAGUUUGUUUUUUUUUUUAUUUUAGGAAAAGUUUAAAUUAUGGACUCAGUUGCCUUAAUAUUUAUGGGACUGUUCUAAGUAUUUCUUGUAUCAGUUUUGAUAAAUUGUAUUUUUUAAUGAAUUUGUUCAUUUUUGUCUACAUUUUCAAAUUUAUUGGCAAAAAGUUGUUCAUACUUUCUUAUGAUUUUACAAUAUCUACUGGAUAACAAUGAUCUGUUUUUCAUUCCUGAAAUUGGUUAUUUGUACCUCCUCGUCUGUGUUCACUCUUAUUAUUUUCUGUUUUUGUCUUGCCAGGGCUUCACAGUGUUGUAAAUCAUUCCAGAGAAUGAAUAUUUAACCUACUUAAUCCUCUAGCUUUUAUGCUGACUUUUCAUUUCAUUGGUUUCUAUGUUUAUAUUUACUUUCUUCUUGUUUCUUUGGGUUUAAGUUGAUGUUCUUUCUUAACUUCUUUAAUUGGAGAAUUCCUAAGUUCUUGGAAGAUUAGCUCACUGAUUUUUGCCCUUCUUUGUUUUUUUUUUUUAAAUAUAUGUAUUUAAGGCUAUCAUUAUCCCUCUAAGCAUGUUUUUUAGCUGUUUUCCCCAGAUUUUAAUAUGUAGUAUUAUCAUUAUAUUCAAAAUAUCCUCUAAAAUCAUGUGAUUUCUUUUACCCAGAUAUUAUUGGGAAGUGUAUUUCCUAAUUUCGAAACUUACAGUGACUGUUAUUUUUGUCAACUAUUUCUAGCUUAAUUGCACUGUGGUCAAAGAACAUUCUCUGAAAGUUUUCGGGGCUUAUUUCAUGGCCCAACAUACAGCCUUUUUAUGAACCUUUAAUGUGUACUUGUAAAGAUUGUGAAUUCUGCCAUUCUUGGUGCCAGUGUUCUGUAUGUGCCGGUUAGCUCAAAUCGUCUGUAUUGUUACUGGGUUUUUUUGUUUGUUUUCUUGCACUAUUAGUGACUGAAAGAAGUCUGAUAAAGUCUCCCAAGAUGAUUGUAGAUUUUCCAACUUCAGUUCUGUCAAUUUUUAUCUAUUUUGAGGCUGUGUUGUUAUAUACAAAUUUAGAAUGGUUAUCAUGUAUCUGUUAUAAUGGUUUAUUUUACCUUACUGAUUUAAUGAAUCUUUAGUCCUUAAAAGGUGUCUUUCUUUGGUGUCUUAAAUCCACUUUUGAUUAAGUGGUGUUGAGAUCACUACAUAGUGAAAAGGAAAAAAAGAUAAUUUCCGAUCAGUUCUUUAUACUGUCACACUGGGAUAAAUCUUAACGAGAUCAAGGAGUCAGUGUAAACACAUGAACUAGGAGAAAACUUACUCUACUUUAUACCCUGAGAGGAAGGAAAAAUUUCCUAUGAUCCCAUAUCUGGAAGCAAUAAGGAAAACGAUUGAUGUAUUUGGUUACAUUAAAAACAAAACAUUUUCAUGGCAAAGGAAAGUAUACUUUGCAUGAGCACAGUAAAAUAAGCAAUAAGAAAUUGCAAAAACAUUUUUUUCAGCUUAUGUCACAAAGGGUUAAUAGAGUGUAUAAAAAGCUUCUAAAAAUAGAGAAGACUAACAAGCUUAGAAACAGGUAAACCUAUUAUCUGUCAGAGAUAAACCAAUAUUUUAUAGAAAAAAGAAUUGCAAAUGGCUCUUAGUCAUAUGAAAAUAUGCUCACCUUUGAUCCUAAUAAGAAAAAUGCAAAUUAAAGUUACCCAUUUCUCAACCAUCUGAUUAGUAAAUAUUCAAAAUUUUGACAAUAUACUGUUGGUAUUAUAUUUAAUAGUGAAAGAUUGGAUAUAGUCUAAACAGAGGACUGGAUACACUAUGGACCUAUCAGCAGAAUAAGGAAAGUCUUUAUAUACCACAGGAUGAUCUCUCCGGUGUAGUAAGGGGAAAAUCAAAGAGGACAAUUGUGUAUAAUGUACCUGUACUUAUCUAAGAUAAGCAGGAAUACAAAUAAACAUACGUACUUGCUCCAUCAAGAAACCAUGCAAAGAUAAACCAUAAAAUUGAAAAAAGUUUGUAGACAAGGGGAGUAUAGCAUUGAGGGGAUCAAGAAGCUAGAGUACUCUGAAUAUACUUUGUUUUGUAGACUUGACUUUGGGGCCAUGUAGCUAUUUUACAUAAUUAUAAAACAAAAUAUAUUUUUUAACAAAAUUAUCCCUAGAAAAGAAAGUAAAAUAAUCUUAACUAUAUUCACUUGUUAGCUAGCAUAGCACAAAGACUAACCAUCCCAAGUAAUUUGAAUAUACAUCCCUUAGUGUAGUGGUCCCCAGCCUUUUUGGCACAGGGUUGGUGGGGUAAGAGGCAGGAGGCCAAGCUCAGGUGGUAGUGACCCCUGCCUUAGAGAGAUGGUCCCUAAGAACAAAGCAAAACCCCCAAAAAUCUGUUCUCAGUAACCAUUGCUACUCUGAGACCGUGCUUGUGUUUUGGGAUAAGUCAAAUGAGUUGUGUUGAGGUCAUUGAGAUUAGAGGUUUUUAAAUGAUUAAAAGGAAAUACAAGACUGUUUGAAUUGCUAGAAUCAGUAUGAACUCAUUUUUAAGUACACAUGUAAAAUGAUAAUCUUUAUAUUAUAAUAUACAUAUUGCAGAUGUACGUGAAUUUCCUAGCUCUGUCCACUGAAAAGAACCAAUGGCCAGUCUAGCAGCAGCGAGCGCUGCCCGUGCCUGGAUUUCAACCUCUACACACCAUGACCCACCAGCAGCAGCCAGGCUGUGUGGACACGUGGUUGAUUGCAGGUCUGGGGCGUGAAGUAUAUGACGCUGUCCUGGAACACUUUGUCACACCAGAAAGCAGUAAAAGAUGACUGGGGUUAUGUCAGAAAGAAUUCAGGAUUCAAACCUGAAUAUAUGCAACUGGUGAGGAGGGACAGUGGCAGUAUCAAUAAAGGUGACAACUUCUAUGGACUGAAAAAAAUGAGCUAUGUUAUUGAAAUCCAUGACUUCAAAAUGAUCCCACCCACACAGCAUAAACAAAACUCCUUGGUCACUUUUGGAAGAUUCCCAGGCAUGAAAACUUGGAAAAGUUUUCUUUCUUGAAAACUUGGAAAAUUACAAAACAACUCUUAUUUUUUUUUCCUUUUCCUCUUAAGAUCUGUAUCUCAAAGAGCUGUUAAGUGGACGUUUCUCUUUAUAGAAGUCUUACAGCUAAUAAUCAAGGAAUGGUAUAACUAGAAUAGCACUGUUUUGAAACUCAAAUGAAUUCAUGGACUUAGGCAGUGAUCAUCAAAGACUACAACAUUAUGAAGAAACAGCUAGGCAUUAUCUAUAUUAUGGUGGAAGUACAUAAUACCACCCGUGAAGUAGUUUUGCUUAGUAGUACCAGUAAUGACACCAGAAUCUGGCCAGGUCUCUAGAUCUGCCCACCAGUUUAUUGGAAAUACACAGCCCAGAGGAACAAGUGUUUAUAAGACAACUGGGGAAAGGUAAACAUUGACUGGAACACUCGAUUCUGUAGAAUUAUUCUUUUAUUUUCUGUGUGUGUUGAUGGUAAAGCAGUUGUUUUUUAAGUGCUUCUCUUUUAAUGAUAUAUACUGAAACAUUUAGACAUAAAACAAUAUGAUGUCUGGAUUUAUUUCAAAGUAAUCCGUAAGUAUGGAGAGGACAGUGAUCCAGAUCAAACGUGAUUGGACAAAUACUGAUUAUUGUUUAAGCUAGGUGAUGGGUAUGUCUGAUUCAUUAUAUUAGCCUCUCUGCUUUUGUAUAUGUUUGAAUAUUUUAAAUAAAAAAUUAAAACAAUCACAAAACGUCCUUUUUCUGUAAUGCUAGCCUUAAAGUCUACUUUUUAAAAUUAAAAUUGCUAUACUAACUUUCA